AUGCGAGCACGAAGUAAUACAGCGGUGGAUGCUCGUCGACGUUUAGUUACAUUAGCAACUUGUUUACCUUGUCAAAAUGAACUUGCUUUUGAUCGUCAUCGAACAUCCUAUGUUUCCUGGUUAAAAAGGCACCAAGAUGACAUGAUUGUCACUCCAUUUGCUCAGUUACUUGCCAGUUUAAAGAAUGUACGAAAGAACUUCGUCGAUCUUACACAUAUACCUCCAGAAAGAGCGAAAAGGUCGAGUCAACAUAACAGUGCUCAAGCCGCCUCCCCUAUUCUCAAUAAAGUGACAAUGACAUCAGCAGCCCCAGCCGCAGCAGCAUCAAUAACAGAUGAUAAUGCAUUGACACAGGCCAUAUCCACAUUAGACGAACUCGAUUGGUGUCUAGAACAAUUGGAAACGAUGCAAACACACAAAUCUGUUUCUGAUUUAGCCUCGCUCAAAUUUAAGCGUAUGCUCAAUAAAGAAUUAUCACAUUUUGCUGAGAAUAACAAAACCAGCGCACAAAUUAGUGAUUACCUCUAUUCAACUUAUACAGACAAGAAAGAGCCCGAUAUUGAUCUAUCUAAAGUAAUAUCAUCUUUACGUGGUCUUCCAUCCGAUGAAUUCAAUACAGUAACAACAUCAAAAACCAUCGAUACAUCAAUGUCAUCGCCUACAUUGAUGGGACAAAUCACGGGUAUACAGACGACAACAACAGCAUUAACAACCAAAAAUCCUAUACCAGAGUUAGGAGUUGAUACAUCACAACCCGAUGAAUUACGAGCCUUACUCGAACGUAUAAACGAUUGGGGCUUGGACACAUUUCGCAUCGAAGAACUAAGUGGUCAACGACCGUUAACAGCAAUAACAUAUCGCAUUUUUCAAGACCGUUUAUUACUAAAGACCUAUGCGAUUGAACCUCAUACGUUAAUUUCAUAUUUGCUCACACUUGAAGACCAUUAUCAACAAGUACCAUAUCAUAAUAAAGCCCAUGGAGCUGAUGUUUGUCAGUCAAUGCAUGUCUUACUCAAUGCUUCGGCACUCGACGGCGUGUUCACCGAGCUGGAGAUCAUGUCGGCGAUAUUCGCAUCGGCAGUGCACGAUGUUGAUCAUCCCGGUGUAACNUUGUCGAUUUUCUGA